AGUUCUUUUCAGACGGCUCUGUCAGUCGCUAUCCGAAGCACGCCCGUCCACCGAUACCUGAUCUGCCAUAGUCCAAGUCUAAAAGCGUGCGGUAGUCUCCGCCUACCCUCAGCUUCUUCUGUGGCGCUGGUAUCUUCGGUCGUCUCCGGCUGGUGAACCCGUCUCUGGCAUUGUCUCGGAGCUCACAGGUCAAGACAAUCGACUUUCCGACUCUGCAUGUGGGGUCUCAGCCGUGUGGUGAAUAGAAAAUCAACCACAUCGCGUUCCCGAUUGCGAUCAUCAGGUUGAGCUGUCAGUCUUCAGUCGUCAGUCGUCAGCGGUCACUCGUCAGCCUUCAGUCGUCAGUCUUCAGUCGUCAGUCGUCGAUCAUCAGUCAUCAAUCGUCCGUCACCAGAAGUCGAUCGUUUCUCCUCACUCUUCAAUCAUCAGAAAAUUGACUCAUCUUGAAAUUGAAACGGCCGCUCGUCCCACCACAUACUUCUUCUCUGCGCUCCCGACGAGCACGUCAGGGGCCUCUGUGACCAGGCGGCGAGCUCCCAGUGACCUGCCGUUACCCGCUGACCUGCCGCUCCUGGUGACCUGACACGAUGAGGAUCACCACACCUCUGCUACUGCUGUUCGUGUGUCUGAACUCAGUCAGUGGGUACGGCCUCAACUUCGUCCGCUUCGUGACCAACUUCUUCAUACACCCGGCGCUGCUGGACGACUGGGAGUAUGCUCCGGCCGUCGGCGCUGUUCUCCUAUUGGUUGCCAUCGCUGUGGCGCAGUACGGUUUUCUUCCAAUUCGACCCGCCCGACUGGUGGCGAAACUGGAGAGCCGGUAUCUGGGCCGCACAGAGCGGAGACACGGCAGACGGAGACCGAGACAGGCCGGAGACACGGAGAGAGACAUGGGAGGUGGCGACGGAGACACGGCCGGAGCUGCUGGAGACCGUACUGAAGGCAGCCUUGGUGUUAGGCGAGGCAUUGCGGAGGCACGGUCCCGCUCCCAGCGCCACCUAGACCGACCACCCGGUCCCGCUGGGCCAGCGGUAUCGGGACGUUCCCGCAACCAGCGCCACCUAGACUGACCGCAGCGACACCGGGUGGCAGACCACAGUGACACCUGGAGCGAUUGGAGCGACAUCUGUGCGGGGUUUACAGGGCGAUAGAGAAGGAGCGACAAGCAGUGACUGUAGGAGACUGAGUGUUGUGACUGUGGAGUGUGGGAGAGUGGUUUAGGACACAGGUUUGUUUUAGGCAGUUUGUGAAAUGAUGAGGGUAUUAUCAAUCACUCUGGCUCAUCAAGAGAUCAACUUUCCCUAACUUGCCCGAACUCUUGCCGAACAGUAAGACGGUGAAUCGUGGCCUGGUGCCGCAAAGACGGACAACCCAUAUUUCACAGUUUGACUAUUUUCUGACUUUUUCAUUUUUUAUACCAGAGGGUACCGGAAAAUACUCGACCAAGGGCCAACAGAACGCCAAUUAACCGUACCCGGGAAUAACGUUCAUUGGCGUUCUACGUGCUUAAGACCUUGGAAGUUCUAAGUAAGUUUCAUCAUUCUACCGUACACGCCCUAGAAUGCAUGAGAUAUUGCUUCUUAUGCUCUGAAUGAAUGCUUGUUUCUGAUUUCUGUCCGAUUUUGUUUAGGAAAGCUUUUAUGCGUUUGCACGUCCAUUGUUCUGGCUAUGCAUUAGUAUUGAAAAAUGGGCAUCCGUGAAAGGUAUUUGUAAUGUGUAUAAUGUAUGUACAUAAGUGGCCUAGUCUAGGCAGAUAGCGUUUAUUUAUCUAGACGCUGCCUGAGGAUAUUUAUUUACCUAUUUAUUUCAUGUAUUUUUGGUGUUUUGCUCGUAGAAAACUCGUCAUAAUAUCUCUAUUUAUUGUUCCUUAAUUGCGUGGUAUAGAUGUUAUUUGAUAUGUAUAACAUGCACACGGUAAAAGUAGAAAUAAAAAGUUAUAUGUACCAA